UUUUGACACACCUAAUAGAGCAGUCGGCGUCAUCGGAGCCAGGCACAACGAAAGUAUAGGGCAACAGUAUCAAAGCAACCAUCUUCCUUCCACAUUGGUCAUUUCUCAAAAGCAGCUGCUUGGGGGUAUCCAUUGAGCACUAAUCGAUCCGAGCACCUCUCACACCAAACCAAGGGUAGAUACCUCAUCACGAGGAACUGUACUCUUCCCUUCAUCUACUCUCUCUUGAAACACAAGAACAAACAAUGACCUCCACCCCCGAUGCAGAGGCCAAUCUCCCCCGACGCCACUCGGAACCGACUCUGAAUGGCAGUGCCCAUGAAGUCGCCGCAUCCGAAGAGGCCAACCGGCGCCGACAGAAUCGUCGUCGGUCCAGCAAGCGACGACUGCGCGACGAAGAUGAAGCAUCGGAUGGCGAUUUGUCCGAUUUUGAUACUUCCAAGGUUUCCUUGACGUGGCGUGAGAUUAUUACGGGAACCUUGCUGGUCUGCGCCUUUUCCGCCUGCAUGUCCGUCUUUGUGCUGCUGGGUGGUCAACAACAACAACAAGAUACAGAUAAUACAGCCGUUGGGGCAUUGUCACCACAGUGCGAGUCCAAGACAUAUCUCCAACAGAACCUCCUCUCUUAUUUGAUUGCGGGAGAAUCACAUGAAGAUUAUCUACAACACAGUAGUCAUAAUGACGACAACAGCACUUGCUCCUAUUCCUUUCAUAUCUGUUCCGACCAUCCUUCCACUGCCACGCUACUCGACAAUUUGGAAACCGUCUUGUACGUGUUGCUGCUCGGGGCUCUUUGCACCGUCAUGGGAGUCACUGUCUUGGUCUACGAUGAUAGUGAAGAUGCCAUGAUGCAAUGGAUCAAAGACAGAUCCAGACGGGCGGCUGGAAAGGCCAUGAUGGAUCUAUCCGAUCAUGCUUCCUGGGGAGGUAAUGCCAGUUUUCGACGAAACGUUGCGUCCAUGGCAGAUCUAUUCCCGGAUGCAUCCGUGCUCUUUGCGGAUAUUGUAGGAUUCGAAGCGUGGUCCAGUCAGAGGGAACCGACUCAAUGCUUGACACUGCUAGAGACUAUCCACGAUGCCUUUGACAGACUUGCCAAGGAGCAGGCGGUCUUCAAGGUGGAAGCCAGCGGUUCCAACUACACGGCUGCCACGGGUCUCCCCGAGGCUCGAUCGGAUCAUGCCGAAGCUUUGCUACGGUUUGCCGAUGACUGCCGUAGGGCCUUCAAGGAAACUACCAAGGCUUUGGAAGUCACAUUGGGGCCGGACACUUCCGAUUUGAGUCUCAAAGUUGGAAUUCACAGUGGACCAGUCACCGCGAUCCGAGGAGGACGUUCUCGCUUCCAAAUCAUGGGGGAUACCGUCAGCACUGCUGCUAGCACUUGCAAUUCCAGCAAGGCUGGAAAGAUCCAAUUGACUCAUGAAACUGUACAGCUCUUGCCUUCCUUGUUGCAGGAUGAGUGGGUCACUGUUCGCAAUCAGUCACUGGGUGGUGGCAGCGGCAAGGGAGAGGAGAACCCUACAUUCUGGCUCACCAUACCCUCGGAUGCCGAACCCUCUUCCAACCCCGAGGAUCAUGCCCAGGACGACCGUAUUCCUCGUUUGGUCGAUUGGAACGUGCAGAUUCUACGUCGAGUCCUCAAUCAGAUUACCGCCAAACGGGUGGCGGCCAAUGUGCACUACAAUGGAGCAACGGGGACCGCCAGUCGCGAACCUUCUCCCAUUCCUUGCUCUCCAGUCAACGAAGAUGCGAUUGAAGAGAGCCUGCGCAGGGGAAAGAUGGUCAUUGAUGAAGUCGAAGAAGUCAUCAUACUACCCAAAUACGACGCGGCUGUUGCCAAAGCCCAAGAGACAUUGAAGUAUGGGGGUGAAACUAUUGAAGUGAGCGACGAGGUCGUCGAUCAACUGAGGGAAUACAUUGGGGCCAUUGCGAGAAGUUACAAAAACAAUCCAUUUCACAACUUUGAACACGCUAGUCAUGUGACGAUGAGUGUAAGCAAGCUCCUAUCGCGUAUCCUCCGACCAAAGCUCGCAAAGGGUUCCUCCAUCAACGAUUACGACGACGAUGACAAACAGCAAAGAAUCCAUGAUCACACAUAUGGAAUCACAUCAGAUCCUUUGACACAAUUCGCGUGUAUGUUCAGUGCACUCAUCCACGACGCUGAACACGAUGGAGUUCCAAAUGCUCAACUGGUCAAGGAAGAGUCAAAACUGGCGUCCAGGUACAAGAACCAGAGUGUUGCAGAGCAGAACUCUGUUGAUGUGGGCUGGAACCUCUUGAUGGAACCUCGUUUCCAAGAACUCCGCAAUGCCAUUUACAGCAACGAGGCUGAAAUGGUUCAUUUCCGAAAGUUGGUUGUCAAUUGUGUCAUGGCAACGGACAUUGUUGAUAAGCAACUCAAGGAACUGAGAAACAAGCGUUGGGAACGUGCCUUUGCCGGCAAGACAAUUGACAGCAUGGACAUAUCGUCAGACGAUCCUGCCAUUCUGGAAGAGGAUGUCAACCGCAAGGCUACCAUUGUCAUUGAGCAUUUGCUUCAGGCCUCCGAUGUAUCGCAUACGAUGCAACAUUUCAAUGUGUUCCGAAAAUGGAACGAGAAACUUUUCCAUGAAAUGUACUUUGCCUUCAAGGAUGGCCGUUCUACUUCCGACCCCUCUAAGUUUUGGUACAAAGGAGAGAUUGGCUUCUUUGAUUUUUACAUCAUUCCACUCGCAAAGAAGCUGAAGGAAUGUGGUGUCUUUGGUGUUUCGUCUGACGAGUACCUGAACUAUGCCACCAAAAAUCGGCAAGAGUGGCUCAGCAAAGGAAAGGGCAUCGUGGAUGGUUUGGUGGAGAAUGCGGAACGCGCCUAUUCCCAAAUUCGCGACGACCGAAGCAACCAUAGCAUCAAGUUUGCCUAGCUAGCUAGUCAUAGCAACGGCACCCGAGGAUCAAAACGGUCCCCUCCUCCAUGUACCCGUAUACAACACAAGAUACGAAGAGAAACAAGCAAUAUAGAAGACAUAGACCGGUAUCCACGCUCCCACUCAUCCCUCUUUUCCAUGACCUCCUACAUCAUCAUCGACAACACAACACAUCACACGGUAGAGCCACAGCUCCUCUCUUGCUCCCAACCAGGGUUCGGCUGUUGAAUCAAUUCACACAACUCCCAGCUUCCAGCAACGAACCCGUGAAAGCAGCAGAAGCUAAUAUUACCAGAGUACAAACUAUCAGCUUAUUCAUACGUAUUAUUAUAAAAGAGUUAUUCAUGUCCUC